CUCCUAGGACGGAGCUAUACCACUGCUCCGUACGUGAGACCCUGCCGUCCUGAAUGAUGUGUCAUUUGCUUGUCAAUUUCACUAUUGGUUCAUAUCUGGAAGAGAAGCAUCCUCCUUCGAUCUAGCCCAGUCAUCGCCGCAGGUUGUUGGCAGCGGGCAGGCAUCAUGGCCCGGCGGUUAUAAUCCCCUCACUCCCUCGCUUUUCUCCCCUCACCUCUCCCUACUCUUUUACUACCUAAUCUCUUGCGUCCAGUAAUAAUCCAUGGCGACGCCAACGGUUGCAGACCUCAAUAAGCAGAUGUGGGACGAAGCUCUCACGAGGCUUCUCGAUCUUUCCACCGUCACUAUCAAAAGGAAUGCCGAGUUGGAAGCUCGUGUCACAGAGCUUGAGGUGGAACUAUCGGUGUGGAAGCAAGCCCAUACGAAUGUCCUUGAAGCGGCAGAGCGGGACAAGAAAACGCAUAAUGCGCGAGUCGCCACACUUAACAAACAGCUCUCCUCGGGUCUGUUCAAGAACCAGAACCCGCUUGUUCUCUGCGUAAUUGACGGAGACGCUAACGUCUUCAACCCGUCCUUGAUAGCAGAAGGCCACAAAGGCGGCCGUCUCGCUGCUCAGGAGCUGACCAAAGGAAUCGCCGAGUUUCUUGCCCAAGAAGAGGUGCAGGUUUUCGGGAGACUCUCGUUCUGGGUCACCGUCUAUCUGCAUAAGCGUGGCCUUCUUAGCAUGCUACAGAGUGAGAAUAUUUGCAGCGCCGAUCAGUUCGAGGCCUUCAUCACAGGCCUGAGCCAGGCUUCUCCUCGCUUCUCUAUUGUGGAUGUCGGACCGGGUGAUGGGGCUGACGUGAAAAUUAAAGAGUAUCUUCAGACGUAUAUCAGCCUCCCGCAGACGUUGCGGGUGUUUUUCGGUGGCGGUCAGGAUGGAAGUUAUGGGACCACGUUCGCUGCAAUCGAGAAAGACGAUUCACUCGGGAAGAUUGUACUCCUGCACGGGGCCAAUGGCCCUUCCGAAAACUUACAGCAACUCUCGCUACCCAUUAUGCAGACAGAAGGCCUCUUCAUGACUAACGUUCCUGGAUAUGCGCAAAGGCGACCAAGUCAUAUACCUCUAUCCGGUUUCAACAAUAAUGUCAUGUCUGAGAGUGGGCUUAUAAGCCCUCAAUCUGAACCGCAAUCUUCCGCUCCUUCUCCUACUUCGCGCGCCACAUAUGGCAAGAGACUGAUUGACCCUACGAAGCCAUUGCAUAAGCAAAACCCGCCACCCUGCAAUGAGCACUAUCUUAUGACGUGUACAAAGGGCGUCAAUUGCAAAUACUCGCAUGAUUGGCUGCUCACGUCAGAGCAGCUGGAAGUUCUCGCGAAGAAUGCAAAGAAGGCCCCUUGUAACUACCUCAAGAAUGGCGUGGAUUGUCCGUACGGAGAUAGAUGCUGUUGGGGACAUGUCUGCCCUGGCGGUGCACGAUGCUUCCAUCUCAGCAAGGGAAAGUGCUGGUUUAAGGGUGAGGAUAUGCAUCCUCCCCUCAGUGCCCAAGAUUAUUAG